AUGUGAUAGCCCUACAUUAGCCUACAUACUUUAAGGUCUCACCCCUUUUUGCUGCCUGUAAUAUCUGACAGGCGUUUAGACCGCGUGCCGCCUCUCCACUAUCGAGAGAGGAUGUUUUAUCUUUAGGACUCUUCACUGUAUCCACCUGAGCCACUUAUCUUUCAGUGGGAAGCCAACGGAUGAGGUUAUACACACAUCAGCAUCACCGCAGGUGUAUCCACAGCAGCACUUUGGAAUCUACACAUUUCACCGCAUCGACACCAUACUUGUGCGCACGUAUGAUAGGGGGUGUUGGUGGCCUAUGAAUGGGGCUGAGCGUGCACCCCACCACCACACCUGCCUCUGCAUCCGUGGGGACUAUGCGUUGCACAACCCUGAAUGCACUAGCCGGUGGUUUGCGAGAACAGGGAAGGGUGCGGAACGUCGGCAGGGGGUCAAGAGGGGCUCAGCAUGCCCCCUCCCUUCCGCAUCGCUGUGCUGGGGGCGCAGGGUGUGGGCAAGACUGCCAUCGUGCAGCGCUUCCUCCACGAUGACUACAGCGAGGCGCCUGUCCCGGCAACCAGCCGUGCCCGCCAGGUCCACCUGUCGGCUGCCGUGCUCAAUGGCCACGUGCACAACUUGCAGAUCACCGACUAUCCUGCAAUCACCAGCUUCCCCUGCAGCUCACUGCAGGAGUGGACAGACACCUGCUGCAGAGGAAUCCGCAGCGCUCACGUCUACAUCCUGGUCUAUGACAUCUGCUGCUUCGACAGCUUCGAAUACGUCAAGACUAUGCGCCAGCAGAUCCUAGAGACCAGGGUGGUGGGCACAGGCGAUACGACCAUCCUGAUUGUGGGAAACAAACGGGACCUGCAGUGGGGGCGUGUCUUCCCCCGUCAUAACGUGUCCGACCUGGUUAGGAAGAACUGGAAGUGCGGCUACGUGGAGUGUUCAGCUAAGUACAACUGGCACGUGCUGCUGCUGUUCGGGGAGGCUAUGCGCAGUGUGGUCUGUGCCCGCUGCAAACACGUGCAUGCCACCAUUCGCUUUCAACGGGCACUGAGGAACGAACGCUGCGCCCUCAUGUGAUUUACUCAGUGACGAGGGACGGGUGCCGGAGUGGCAUUGAGGGCCAUUGGUGCAGAAAACCUCAUUAGGAACAGCUGAGAAUUAUUGAUGAUCACUGUGACUGACUACCAUGAGUGAACACGUUUCUGCGCAAUGUGAAACUACAGAAUUAAACACCCCUCUGUUUUGCUGCUGAUACAU